AUAUUCGAAUGCUAUGAAUCGUGGGAUGAGGAGGAAGACGUAAGUCCAGGAAUCCCUGUGCUACCAGUUGGCUCAUCUUUUCGGAGAAAGGAGCUUUACGAAGUCACUAAACAUGAAGAGGUGGUUGAAAAGCAAAGAAGGGGGAGUGGAGAAAGGGGAAAGGAAACGUCCAAAAGGCAUGGCCGGUAGUUAUUCUUGCGAAAAAAACAGUACAAAAAUGAAAGAGCAACAAACACUCGAGUCUAGUGAUGAAGAUGACUUGCAGGAGGCGAUUAAUCGCAGUAUCAUUACCGGGCAUAAAGAAAAAAAUACUUUGAACGAGGGAACGUUGAGCAAAAAAAUGAUGUCGCUGGAUGAUUCUUACUCCAUUGACUUAGGUUCAUCUUCUGAUGAAGUUUCAACAAGUAGAAUGAGAGAAUCGGCUGGUGAACAUCUUGGCCAUAACAUACCUUCGAGCAGCGAUACUGAAUCUGAUGGCAAUGAAAAACAGGUUUCAUUCUUGCAUAUGGAUUCGUUAUUACCAAUUUAUGAACUGGGAGUUAGAAAUGGUUUUAACACCAAAGAAAUAGAUUCUUUUAAAUCCGAAUAAAAAAUUAGUAGCCCGGGCGGUUCCUGCGUCAUGUGAUGUAAAUGCCGCUUUUGUAGUGGACGUUUCUGCUCCCCAUGUGUCACACUUCAAGAGUAUAUUUGCUGACGACCUUGGUGCAUGGGUUCCUAACGGAACUAAACACGCAUACUAUCGAGUUCCAAAUCAAACAAAACCUCCUAUGAAAGUUUCUGAAAAUAUUUACAAAGAUGACAAUCAACGGUAUGUGUAUAAGGCAACCAGAAGCUAUUUCAGGAAUAAAUCGUCGUCGGAACUUCUCAGGAUCGUCUUACAUUUAAAAGAUACAGAUCAGAAUGAUCAAAUGCAUAAUUUCGUGUUUGUCCAAUAUAUAUUUGAUGGGCGUGAACAUGCGGUUGAUGUAAAAGUGCAUGGCAACUCAAAAAGAAACAAAGCUGCAUACUACCGCACCUCCCAUACAACAAAAGAACGCUUAAAAGAACUGUGCAUGCAAGGCAAGCCGCCUGCCAGUACGUUUCACGAGAGCAUAGAGGAACAAGGUGGUAUUACCGAGUUCAAAAACGCUGCUUGCCAUUCACGGAAUGUCAGGCAAAUUAAAUACGUUAAAGAAACAUUGAAAGAAAAGCCUGGGGACCAAAUGAUGGAGCUUCUUGAAAUGCUGAAGGAAGGCAAUAGAAACGCAGACAAAGCAUUCGUCCGCAAAGUUGAAACAUCGUCUGAACCGUAUGUUGUGCUUGCCACAAACCAUCAACUAAACGACGUUACCUGUUUCUGUUGUAAUCCUGCGAAGUUUAGUGUUUUAGGAGUCGAUCCUACAUUUAACUUUGGUAAGUACUACGUUACUGUUACUACAUACCGACAUCUACUAUUACGUACAAAUGAGGGACCUCAUCCUGUGAGAGUCGGACCUGUGUUGGUGCACAACAGGAAAAAGUCAUCCAGCUAUCACGAGCUGCCAUCGACUAUGAUUAAAUUAAACCCAGCAACCCGAAAUACACUUGUAUAUGGCACAGAUGGUGAAAAAGCUGUAUCAGAUGCUUUUGGAUCUUGUCUUCCGAAUGCCAAGCAUUUGCUAUGCGAUCUUCACAUGCGGGACAACAUAUCAUCAAAACUCCACGAGCUUGGAAUUAGAGGGGAAGUGGCAAAAUCGAUCGUACUCGAUGUAUUUGGCAGGAGAGUUGGGGGAGAACGAAUUCCAGGACUUAUUGACACAGCUAGUGUAAGCGACCUAGACUUAAGGAUGGAAAAUCUGAAAGUAAAGUGGGAAAGCAACACACAAUGA